UAUCAACAGGCUGAAGUAUGAAAAUAUGGGAGGGAUGUUCAGUAGGCAUCAGUGAGAGAAGACCUAAAGAAUUUUCCUGCUUGGCCAGGUUGUGGAUAAAGAGAAUGCCAGGGGAUGGGAUCGGUGCCAUCUAUUUUGUGUUGGUUCUCGAAUGCCUAGCUCAAAAGUUUGGGCUUUUUAGGGAAGGUAGGGUAGAUCCAUUGAAGGAUUUUGACUUAGUAACUCAAUCAGAGCUAUGAGUUUGUAAGGUUUGUCUGACAGCGAUGUGGAGUUGAGUUUUGGAGGAGUGUAAAACCAGUUUGGAGGGGUAGAUUAUAUGAGUGAUGAGGAAGGCCUGAGCUAGGAAAUAGAAAAGACAUUGAGGAGGUAGGGAUGACAAAUUUGAGAAUAGAUUGCAUAUAGUGCUGAUGAGUAAGAGAGUGACGUGAAAAAUGAUGAGAGCAAAUAAUGAUGCUAUUGAUAAAGUGUAAGGACAUUGGAAAAAGACAGCUUUGGAGAUGUUGAAUGUGGUCUAGGGGUCAGGAGACAGGUUUGGAUUUAUGGGAGAGAUUUGUAUUCUUACAGAUGGGCUCAUUGAAACCUUGUGACUAGAGGACAUGAUCUAGGGAAAAAGUGGGAGGGGGAGAAAAGAAAAUUGCCAAGCACACAAUCUGUAGUUAGAGGUUAAGAGGAGGAAUAAGUGGAGAUAAUAAGUUAGCUAACGGUUAUAAAGUACUUUCUCUGAGCUAGGCAGAUUUUCAAGUGCCUUCCAUAUAUUAAUCUAUGUAGAGGAAGACGAGAGUACAGAUUGGUGUGGUGUCUUCAUAGAAGCCAAUCAGAGCAGUUGAGUCUGAGGGCUGAGAAUGGGUUGCUCUGUUUAGUCCUUUGGCAGCUUGGGACUCCUCAGCAGCUGGAACAGAAACCAGAUUACAAUGAUUUUAGAAUGGUGUGGGAGACAAGGGCAAAAGGUUGACGCUUACUUUUAAAAACUUAAGGAUGGAAGAAAGGUGAUAACGCUAGUACUUUGAAAGAGUAGCAGGAUCUUGCAAAAGGCUUUUCUUGAAUGAUACAGAAGAUUCAUUAGGAUAAAACUUAGGAAGGAAUAUUUAUUUUUAUUUAUCUUUUGAGACGGAGUCUUGCUCUGUUGCCCAGGCUGGAGUGCAGUGGCACAAUCUCGGCUGACAGCAACUUGCGCUUCCCAAGUUCAACCGAUUCUCCUACUUCAGCCCUCCUGAGUAGCUGGGAUUACAGGCACCCAACACCACACCUGGCUAUAUUUUUUGUAUUUUUAGUAGAGACUGGGUUUCACCAUGUUGGCCAACCUGGUCACGAACUCCUGACCUCAAGUGAUCUGCCCACCUUGGCCUCUGAAAGUGCUGGGAUUACAGGUGUGAGCCACUGUGCCCAGCCAGGAAGGAAUAUUUAGCACUGGAAGGUUAGACAAGUUAAAGAAGCCUGGGUCCGAAAGAUAACAAUCUCUGAAAAUGACUCUGCAUUUUAAAGUGAGAAAGUUAAUGGUUACAGAUAAAAGGAAAGGAACAGAAGUAAUGUGAUUGUGGAAGCCUACUGAAGGACAUCUGGCCAGAUGAAGGAAAUGAAUGACAAGAGUCCUUUGGGCAGAACUAUCCAGAGGAAGCUGAUGGAACUUUGGAUUGUAUCAGCAUGGCUUUGACUUGCACCUUUAACAGGUGGGGCACACUGCUUGCAGUUGGCUGUAAUGAUGGCCGAAUUGUCAUCUGGGAUUUCUUGACAAGAGGCAUUGCUAAAAUAAUUAGUGCACACAUCCAUCCAGUGUGUUCUUUAUGCUGGAGCCGAGAUGGUCAUAAACUUGUGAGUGCUUCCACUGAUAACAUAGUGUCACAGUGGGAUGUUCUUUCAGGCGACUGUGACCAGAGGUUUCGAUUCCCUUCACCCAUCUUAAAAGUCCAAUAUCAUCCACGAGAUCAGAACAAGGUUCUCGUGUGUCCCAUGAAAUCUGCUCCUGUCAUGUUGACCCUUUCAGAUUCCAAACAUGUUGUUCUGCCGGUGGACGAUGACUCCGAUUUGAACGUUGUGGCAUCUUUUGAUAGGCGAGGGGAAUAUAUUUAUACGGGAAACGCAAAAGGCAAGAUUUUGGUCCUAAAAACAGAUUCUCAGGAUCUUGUUGCUUCCUUCAGAGUGACAACUGGAACAAGCAAUACGACAGCCAUUAAGUCAAUUGAGUUUGCCCGGAAGGGGAGUUGCUUUUUAAUUAACACGGCAGAUCGAAUAAUCAGAGUUUAUGAUGGCAGAGAAAUCUUAACAUGUGGAAGAGAUGGAGAGCCUGAACCUAUGCAGAAAUUGCAGGAUUUGGUGAAUAGGACCCCAUGGAAGAAAUGUUGUUUCUCUGGGGAUGGGGAAUACAUCGUGGCAGGUUCUGCCCGGCAGCAUGCCCUGUACAUCUGGGAGAAGAGCAUUGGCAACCUGGUGAAGAUUCUCCAUGGGACGAGAGGAGAACUCCUCUUGGAUGUAGCUUGGCAUCCUGUUCGACCCAUCAUAGCAUCCAUUUCCAGUGGAGUGGUAUCUAUCUGGGCACAGAAUCAAGUAGAAAACUGGAGUGCAUUUGCACCAGACUUCAAAGAAUUGGAUGAAAAUGUAGAAUACGAAGAAAGGGAAUCAGAGUUUGAUAUUGAAGAUGAAGAUAAGAGUGAGCCUGAGCAGACAGGGGCUGAUGCUGCAGAAGAUGAGGAAGUGGAUGUCACCAGCGUGGACCCUAUUGCUGCCUUCUGUAGCAGUGAUGAAGAGCUGGAAGAUUCAAAGGCUCUAUUGUAUUUACCCAUUGCCCCUGAGGUAGAAGACCCAGAAGAAAAUCCUUACGGCCCCCCACCGGAUGCAGUCCAAACCUCCUUGAUGGAUGAAGGGGCUAGUUCAGAGAAGAAGAGGCAGUCCUCAGCAGAUGGGUCCCAGCCACCUAAGAAGAAACCCAAAACAACCAAUAUAGAACUUCAAGGAGUACCAAAUGACGAAGUCCAUCCACUACUGGGUGUGAAGGGGGAUGGCAAAUCCAAGAAGAAGCAAGCAGGCCGGCCUAAAGGAUCAAAAGGUAAAGAGAAAGAUUCUCCAUUUAAACCGAAACUCUACAAAGGGGACAGAGGUUUACCUCUGGAAGGAUCAGCGAAGGGUAAAGUGCAGGCGGAACUCAGCCAGCCCUUGACAGCAGGAGGAGCAAUCUCAGAACUGUUAUGAAGACCUUCGAAGUUCUUCAUUCUUUCUCACUUUGCCAUCAUGUGGCCUCUGGACACUGUGUCAGUCAUUUGAAAAUUGACUUUAAUUUAAAACAAAGGCCUGUGCCUCCCACCCAGGAGGUGGGAGGGUGAAUUUUAUGUUUAAAUGAAGAAGUGAAUUAUGGAAGAAGAGUAUACGACCUUCCCUUCCCUUUCAAGCAUAAGUCCAAAUAGACUCUCAGGAAUGAAGAUUUGUGAAGACAUCAGAUAGGAAUUUUGACUCAUUUAAACUUUGAUGCUUAGUUAUGUUGCUGGAGAAAAGAUACUUAUGUUUUGCUCAUCUAACUUUAUUGUACCCAGCGUCAUUUUGACAUGUCAUUUCCUAUCUCCCAUUUGCCUUCGGUCCUCAAUGCAUGUCUUUGAGUGACUUCUUAUCUGAAAUUUUGCUACUGGUAUCCUAGGAAAGCUUUUGUUGGAUACUCUCAUUUUAAACUUCUCCUCUCCCCAGAUACCUCCUAUAUUUCCAUAUUGUGUGCAAAGGAUGGGCAGAAAAGAAAGUGCUUGAAAGAUUUCAAAUUUUCAGAAAGGAAACAAUGAAGGCCCUCUCUUCCUCUCAUACCACGUUUUGCUCAAGAAGCUGGGCUGUAACAAUUCAGGGUUUUCCCUUGUUUUCCUCUCAUUGCAUGUUUCCCUGCAAUAUUGGUUCAUUGUCAUUAAUCAUGGUUUUUGAAGAUAGCUAGUUUUAUCCAUCUCCAGCAAAGAAUCAUCAAUAGUUUAUAUUGCUUUACCUGUGCUGGCUUCCAGAGAUGGAAACAAACCCAGGUGUCUCUCAACAAGCUACUUUUUUACUGGGGUAGGGGAAUCUAUGCAAGGAGUAAAGUAAAACCAUCCAGAAUCAAAGCAGCAACCACAUAGUUCAAAUCAAAGAUCAAGGUGAAUUUUUUGUAUCACUGCCUGUGGAAAUCUAUCCUCAUCAGUCAUUGCAUUUUUCCCUGCCUAUACCUGUGCUCCUUUUUCUUACUGUGUUUUCAGUCACUUCCUUUCUGUGAAAGGUUGCUUAGCUUUUUUUUUGACAUUUGUUGUUCUUUAUAUAAAAAUAGCAGAUUGGAUAGAUGUGUACAUUUGGUGUUUGAAAUUCUCUGAAAAUCCCAUUAGGAAACCAGGUGUGAAAAGGGCUCAGUAGCUUCUCUGAGUGGCGUUUUUAGCUGACUGGAAGUGCUUAAUCUGGAUCGUCUUUUUUUUUUUUUCUUCAAUAUUUUAAAAGGAGAAUUUAAAUACUGUGCUUACUGUGAAAUAUAUCAGUUGGUGAGCCGGGCGUGGUGGGUCACGCCUGUAAUCCCAGCACUUUGGGAGGCCAAGGCGGGUUGAUCACCCGAGGUCAGGAGUUCAAGACCAGCCUGGCCAACGUGGUGAAAGCCUGUAUCUAUUAAAAGACAAAAAUUAGCUGGGCGUGGUGGUGCAUGCCUGUAAUCCCAGCUACACUGGAGGCUGAGUCAGGAGAAUCACUUGAACUUGGGAGGCAGAGGUUGCAGUGAGUGGAGAUCGCACCACUGCCCUCCAGCCUAGGUGACAGAAUGAGACUCUAUCUCAAAAAAAAAAAAAAAAAAAAAUGAUAUCAGUUGGUGGAUGCUCCUAUAGGUAGCCAAACACAUUGAUUACCUGUUAGAUUUUAGGAUAGAAAUCAAAGUAGAGCACGUCAGCAAGAGCCUCUUUGUCUCACUCCGUCAUUUAGAACCAGUAUAUUCAGUAGUUGAAGAAAGAGCUCUCCCUGAAUCAGUUGCAAAACGUCUAUAUUUUUAGAUGCCACUACUUUUUUCUUAAAUAUUCAUUUUGAGACUGUCAUGAGUUAGACCAGUGGUCGAGAUUAGUAGAUGGCUCACUAGACAUGUUUUUGUUUUGCAGACAUUAUAUCCAUUCCAGUCCUCUGCACUGUACACUGCAGCAGUGUGCAAACUAUGGGACUUAGAGGGUUUCUGCCAUCUUUCCAUGUGUGAAGUAGCUUGGUUUCCUCUGCCUGUGCAUUUGGAUGUUUGUGCUAUGUCCACCUCCUAAACUGGCUACUGAGAAAAUCAUCUUCAGCCCUGUCAGAUUGUCUCUGGCAGUAGCUCCUAAUAAUUAUUUAUGUUUUUGGAAUUUUUUUUUCAACUUUUAAAAAACCUUCUAUCCAUUUCAAUUUGAAUUAUUUGAUUUGUACAAUAUAUGUAUAUUCUCUUCUUCCUUUUUGUCAUCCCUGCCCUGCCACCCCCAAAAUUUUGUUUUUAAAAAUAUUCUGGGCUGGGCACGGUGGCUCACACCUGUAAUCCCAGCACUUGGGGAGGCCGAGGCUGGUGGAUCAUCUGAGGUCAGGUGUUUGAGACCAGCCUGGUCAACAUGGUGAAACCCCGUCUCUACUAAAAAUACAAAAAUUAGCUGGGCGUGGUGGCGGGCGCCUGUAAUCCCAGCUACUCGGGAGGCUGAGGCAGGAGAAUUGCUUGAAUACAGGAGGCAGAGGUUGCAGUGAGCUGAGAUUGCGCCACUGCACUCCAGCCUGGGUGACAGAGCAAGACUCCAUCUCAAAAAAAAAAAAAAAAAAAAAAAAAUCUGUAGUUUUGUACAAGAUGAGACUUAGCCUUGGGUACUUCUUGCUGAAGCUUUAAUGCUUUGUAAAUAAAAUUGGAUGUUUAUUAAAGAA